AUGUCUUCGUUGGAGUCUUCGCAAUCGAAUAAACAGAUCAACACCUCCAACGACUCUUUACCUCAUACACUGGUUACGUACGCUGGAGCCGGAAAUGAGUAUGUAAUUAUUGAAGGGAGGAAGUAUUUGAGACAUGAAUUGAUGUCUGCCUUUGGCGGAACGUUCAACCCAGGUUUAGCGCCCUAUCCAAAGCAUCAAUUCGGUAAUGCCUCUGCUCUUGCCAUGUCUUCUUUCGCAGUUACCGUCUUCGUCUUGGGACUAUUUUACUCAGGAGCCAUGGGAAUCACAAUUCCCAAUGUUGCCGUUUCGGUGUGUCUCUUUUACGGAGGAGUGGGCAUGUUCGUCUCUGGUAUAUGGGAAUUGGUUAUUGGUAAUACGUUUGCUGGUACUGUUUUCGCUGGUUACAGUACAUUUGCAUUCUCGUUUGCAACCAUUUUUAUUGAUUCGUUUGGAAUACAAAAGGCAUAUGCUGAACAUCCAGAACAAUUUGGUAACGCAGUAGGAUUAUAUCUUGUCGGCUGGUCCGUCUACACCUUUAUUAACAUUACCCAUUGUUUCAAAGCUACUGUCAGCUUUGUAGUCUUAUUUCUUACACUCGACUUGGCGUUCAUUUUUUUAGCUGCUGGAUUCAUGACUGGUAGACCAAAUCUUCUCAAGGCCGGUGGAAUUUUCGCAACCAUUUCAUCUAUUUCAGGUUUCUGGAACUUUUAUGCGGGCAUUGCAAACCCAACCAACAGCUACUUCCGGCUUCCUGUGUUUCCUAUUCCAGCUUACCAGAGUAAGAAGAAAGAGGCUCAAUAG